CCAAGUGUUGUUUACAUGAUGGCCGACUGUCUCUCACUAGGACGGUUUUAACCUUAAUUAAGGCCAUAAAAUAUGUCUGCCGGAAACACUUUGGUUAUACUGGUGUUACUGAGUGUCGUGGGUGGGGUAGUGACCUUCAAGGAGACUAAAGGCUUCCAUUAUGAGAAAGGAGUCGUGACCAGCCUAUCAAACUGCCCUGGUCGUUACUGCGGUCGCACGAGGCUAGUUAAUGGCUCGUGAUCGGCGUGUGGGGCGUGCGAGAGGGGCCUGAGACGUAACAACUACAGCGCCUGUGAAGAGUGUAGCGCCGCCCCAGAGUUCUACGACAAACUCUACCUCGGGUUCAUGGGGCUGUUACCUCUGACGUUCCAUCUUGGUUGUAUAGACGCAGCGGCUAAGAGAAGAACGUUCACACGAGAGGUAAUGGCUCUAUAUGUAUCGGCCAUCGUGGAGGUUGGCGUGGCGGCGGUGGUGACGCUGCUAGUAACAGAGCCCUAUGGAUCAUUCAACAUCCGCUCGUGUAAAAUUCGUAAACUGGCUGACUGGUAUCCACUCUUCCACAACCCUGAUCCUAACUAUGAGGGAGUCUUGCACUCUACCCAGGAGGCUGUCUACCCACUAUAUUCUAUGGUGUUUGUUUUCUACACAUUAUGCUUGAUGGUGAUGUUACUAGUCUGGCUGAUACUCCCGUCCAAACUCCUGCCCGGCCGAGGAAAGACGGCCAUCUACUCGGCCCUGUACUUCCUGCCGGCCCUCAUUGUCACCCAUGCAGUCGGAGCCGGACUAAUAUAUUAUUCCUUCCCAUACAUGGUGAUCAUCCUCUCCAUCAUCUCAAAUGCUGCUCACUUUGCCUUCCAGCUAGACCAGUCAAUACCCGGUCUACUAAUGGAAUGCGUCAUGGAAGUGAGAAACCUGGUCAUCUUGCUAGGACACUGGGGACUCCUUGCCAUCACCCAGCUGAGGGAAGGAGUCCUACAUGGCCCCCUCUGUGCCCUGGUGCCUCUGCCGGCCCUCUUCUAUAUCUUAACGUCACGAUUCACCGAUCCUUCAAAUUUUAGCUGAGUGGGAUUUGGGAGGGAGGGGGAGGUCAGCUGGGUUUGGGAGACACCGAGA